AUGGAGGCGCCGUCCCGGCCCGCGGUCUCUCCGCUCGCCGCACGCCGACUUCCCAGCGGAGCGAAGGGCGGGCCCUGCCAGGGCAAGGCGGGAGCAGAGCUCCCUGCGGCCGCCCGAGUCCCGCCGUCGCGCCCGUUUCCUCCGCCUUUGUGCGCGGACGGCCCCCUUUUCCUCGGGGCCCGGAGAAACCCGCAGCGCGGACCGCCGGGAGCGCGACCCGCGGCCGGGGGGCUGCCAAGAGUGACCACUGGCGUGCCAGCCUUGGAGGUGUAUACGCCAAAGGAAAUCUUCGUGGCAAAUGGGACACAAGGGAAGCUGACUUGCAAGUUCAAGUCCGCUAACACCACGGGCACGUCGACCUCGGUCUCCUGGAGCUUCCAGCCAGAGGGGACCGACACCACUGUGUCGUUUUUCCACUACUCCCAAGGGCAAGUGUAUCCUGGGAAUUACCCACCAUUUAAGGACAGGACCAGCUGGGCUGGAGACCUGGACAAGAAAGACGCGUCCAUCAACAUAGAAAAUAUGCAGUUUAUCCACAACGGCACCUAUAUUUGUGACGUCAAAAACCCUCCUGACAUUGUUGCCCAGCCGGGACACAUUAGGCUCUAUGUCGUAGAGAAAGAGGUCUUGCCCGUGUUUCCAGUUUGGGUGGUGGUGGGGAUAGUUACUGCUGUGGUCCUGGGUCUCACUCUGCUCAUCAGCAUGACCCUGGCUGUCCUCUAUAGAAGGAGAAACUCUAAACGGGAUUAUAUUGGCUGCAGUACAUCAGAGAGCGCGUCACCACUGAAGGAGGCUCCACGGAAGUCACCCUCCGACGCAGAGGGUCUGGUAAAGAGCCUGCCUUCCGGAUCCCCCCAGGGCCCAGUCAUAUAUGCGCAGUUAGACCACUCUGGCGGACAUCACAGUGACAAGAUUAACAAGUCAGAGUCUGUGGUGUAUGCGGACAUCCGGAAAAAUUAAGAGAAGACCCAGAACAUAUCCUAAGCAAGAAAUAAAUGAAACGGGACACUUGUGCAGAAAAUGGAGCCCAUAACCCCGUGUGGCCUGGGAGAGCUGGGCAAGGAUGAACACAUGUUUUAUUCACGGGAGGAGAAAAAGACUGUAUAAAGGAUAUGUAUAAACAUUCUAUUUGAUCUGAUACGGGGAGCCAGUGCUGCAUGACGACAAGAUGCUACGAUUCUACGUAUAUAUGAACCGCCGUGCUGUUCCGUGCUGUCUUCCAGGGCCAUUUAAGUUGGGGAAAGUCUGAAACAUUCCUGUUGCUGUCAUUUACGUGCGGUUUGCCUUCGUGGAGACGGUAGCAGAUCCUUAGUGUUCCAGUAGACGUGGCCCUGUGGUCUAAGGGCUUAGCCAGUCUUAGCAUUUAUCGUGGUCGGAGAGUGGAGACACUGACCAGUGUCGGCACCCUGCUGGGCUGCAGGAGCUGGAAAGCCUCGACUUGCGCGCCCCUUAGACGCAGCUUGAGAAGUCUUUGUUGGUGUUUUUCUCUCUAGAAUACAGGGCGGUUUUUCGCUUUGCAUGUUGUGAGACCAGCUUUCAUGUUAGAUCCUCUCAGUUCGUGGAUCUGGUAGAGCGAGACCAGCAAAGGGUAAAUGCCAAGGCCACCACUUCCUAGAUGCUUUCAGAUCAAUACCAUAAACACCGUUGACGGAGGAAGCCCAGGCCUUGCUUGAGGAGUGGGUAUCAUCUGGAGAGUAAGAAGUACCACUUAACAUUCUUUGCCCAAGUCCUUCCUGCUUGAAGAAGGGUCUCCGUCCAGCUGAAGGAGAGGAGUUUCCUUUCCUUUUAAGUAGGCACAAAUGGGGUAAUUACAAAGCCAGUCUGCGGCACCCGGAGCUGUCGUGAGACGAUCCUCUUUGGAAAAGCUUCCGGCAUGACUCCGGCAAGAGGUGGCAUCAGUCAUAGCUCCGUGAUAGCUUCCCAGUGUCUCAAGAGGCUGAAGAUAGUCUAGACUUUUGUGAAUCAGUGGGUAGGGUUAUUAGCACUUCUACUCUGGGGUUCCCUUCUCUGUCACUGUUUUGAAGUUUGGGGUGGGGUUUUGGGGGGUUUUCUUUUUCUGAUGUUUACUCUCCACCCCCUACUUCCCCCAGUACGUGGAAUCGAUUAAAACUGAGAGCUCAGCACCCGCUCUAGCAACGGCCCCCGGCCCCCUUGCCGCCCAGCCAGACCCCUGGCCCUGGUAGCAGGCGCCUCCUAGCCCUUCCUCGUGUGUCCCGGUGUGCCCUUGCUUGCCGCAGAUGACAACGGUGGGGUUGCUCUCAGCUGGCAGAGCUGCCUCUCCUGUGCCUUAUUAGUGGCAGGACGAGACCUUUUAACAUUCCAUGUGAUCAGGGGACACCCAGAAGGCAUUUGUUAAGAGAUGAAGAUCCCAGACCACCUCUCGGUUUUCAGUGAAAUGUGUCCAGCUCGGGAAAACCCAUCUAGUUCAUUACUAUUUUUUGUUUUUUCCUUCUUCAGAAUUGUUGUACUUUUGUGAAUAUCUUAAUACAUCUUUUUCAAUUACUGAA